CUCUCUUCCGCCCUCCCUCCCACUCUCUUUCUCUCCCCCUCUCUCUUCUUUUUUCUCUCUCUCUCCCUCCCGCCCUUUCUCUCCUCCCCCCUCUUCUUGCGAAGGGCAAGCCGAGACUUUCGCCGCCGCAGGGGAAGAAGCGACGCCGGCCAGGAGCCAGCUCGCCUACGCCUUUCCCCCGGAGCGCGCCUGCCCCUCCGCCGCCCUACCCGGCGUCUCCUUUCGCUUCUCCGGCCGCUCUGCUUCCCCCGAUGGCUCCUCCGCCCUUCCGGCUAAGGGGGGCGAGGAGAAGGGAGCCCCCCAAGUGAACGGCCCGCCGUCCGGCUGUCUUCCGAUGCCCGGCUCCCCAGCGGCCGCCCAGGAUCCGCCUCUCUCUCUCUCUCUCUCUCUCUCUCUGGCCGGAGGCGAUGAGCACAGACUUGGACCGUCUGUCGGUGGGUUCGCGCGCCUCCAGCGCCUCUUCCUCGCCUUCCUUCGACGGAGCGGGCAAGGGGGCUGCGGGACAGGCCGGGUUCAGGAGCGGGCCCCCCGGACCCGGCAUCCGCCUGCUGUCGGCCAACGUGCGGAAGCUGCACGGGGCGCUCAACCAGCUGCUGAGCGAAGGCGAGCGCGAGCAAUUCAUCCAUUGCCUUAACGUCUAUCACUGCCGGCGGAACGUCUACGACUUGGUGCAGACGCUCAAAGUCCUGCUGGACGGCCCGGAGAAGAGGCAGCUGCUGCCUAUGCUGCGCCUGGUCAUCCCUCGCUCGGACCAGCUCCUCUUCGACCAGUACACCUCGGAGGGGCUUUACUUAAAGGCGAACUUCUUGCCCAGCGCUGGGGCAGGAGGGUACGAGGGCGCCGGGUCUUCCCGAGUCCUCCCUUCGCCCGCCGCUGCCUCCUCCUCCUCCUCUUCCUCCUCCUCCUCCUCCUCCCGCUUUCCCUCUCCCAUCCCGGCUGCCCGUUUGUGGCCUCCUUCCUUGGCCUCCGGCAGGCUCCGGCAAGAAUUCAGCACCACCGCGGACGGGACAGCUCCCGCGGAGCCCAUUGCUGGCUUGGAGGAGCUUGGAGCAGAGGUCAGGCAGGUGACCUUCAAAAGGCAAAAAGCUCAGGAAGGCUUGGGCUUCAGCAUCCGAGGAGGCUCCGAGCACGGCGUUGGCAUCUACGUCUCCCUGGUGGAGCCGGGCUCCUUGGCCGACAAAGAGGGCCUUCGGGUGGGAGACCGGAUCCUGAAGGUCAACGACAAGCCGCUGGACAAGGUGACCCAUGCGGAUGCUGUCAAGGUGCUCAAGGGCUCCAAAAAACUCAACUUGACCGUCCAUUCGGCAGGACGCAUCCCUGGCGGCUACAGAACCAACCACAUUUACACCUGGGUGGACCCCCAAGGCCGGAGUGUCUCUCCCCCGGUCGGCCUGAUCCAGCACCAGAGCAGCCCUUUGGGCAAGGAGGGUGAGAAAAGGAGCCACCUUCAACUUCUUCAGGAAGGGGAUGAGAAAAAGGUCAACCUUGUGUUGGAUGAAGGACGAUCUCUGGGUCUGAUGAUUCGAGGGGGAUCUGAAUACGCCCUGGGGAUUUACAUCACAGGGGUGGACAAGGAUUCGGAAGCGGAAAACACUGGUUUGAAAGUGGGGGACCAGAUUCUGGAGGUGAACGGACGAAGCUUCCUCAGCAUUUCCCACGACGAGGCUGUGAAACUCCUGAAAUCUUCUCGCCAUCUCAUCAUGACCGUCAAAGACGUGGGAAGGCUACCUCAUGCCCGGGCCACUGUGGAUGAGACGAGGUGGAUCGCCAGCUCCAGAAUUGGAGAGACGAUGGUCAAUUCUGCAGGGGCCUCUGGAGAUCCUGUGGGGGAGAUGACACCAAAGACAUCUUUUUAUAAAGGCCUUGCGGGAUCUCAAGUAACAUUGAAUAGCCUGGUGAACCAAAGCCGAGUGAUGCUGGAGGAACACGCACGCCACCUCCUGAAUGAACCCGAGAGGUCCACCAUGGCUUACUACUUGGAUGAAUAUAAGGAGAACAACAUCUCGGUGGAUUCCCUCAUCCUGGCUCUCUUUGAACUGCUCAACACCCAUGCCAAGUUCUCCCUCCUAUCAGAGGUCCGAGGAGUGAUAUCUCCACAAGACCUGGACCAUUUUGACGACCUGGUCCUUAAGAGGGAAAUAGAAUUCAUGAAGGCCCGGCAGCCCUCGGGGACCGGAACAGACUGUUACUCUACAAUGUCCUACAGCGAUUCUGCUUCUUGUACGGAAAGCCAUUUCACGUCCACCACAGCCAGUUCAGCUCGGGAGAGACUCUUGUGGCUGAUUGAUUUGAUGGAGAAUUCUUCCAAUGGGGAUAGGAGUGGAAGCCAAAGCAGGAUCAAUGCCUUACCUGACAUCUCUCUGGAUGAUGUCUCCUCAUUCUGUGAAGAACUUCCAGCUUUUAGACCCUCACCUCCUGCUGCCUCCUCUCAGUCCGGGGCAGACUCUUCAGACGAAGCACACAAACCUGGUUUGGGAUCUUCUGAAUCCUUCCAGUCAGGGCUGUUCUUCAGGGCUCCUCAAGGCCCCAGGCCAUCUUCCAGCCUCUCUGAGAAGGACACCUACAGCCUUGCCUCCAGCUCCACCACCGGCUCUUCCGUGGAGGACUCGGCCGCCAGCUCCAUCUACGCCUCCAUCUCUCCAGCGACUUGCGCUUCUAGGAAGCCCACGGAGGCCCGAUUGUUGCUGAUCAACCAGCACCCGAUGCUACCCUUCCCUCGGAUCCAGUCGCCCACGCGGUUGAGACAGCCCUCCCCGGAGACGGCUGGCCCAGCCCCAAGCUCCCCUACCCCACCACCCCUCCCCUCCCACCCAGCUGCUUCCCCUCCCAGCGAGAAGGGCGGAUUUGAAGUGGGGAACACCCAGCAUUUUAUCAUGGUUGAAGUUCACCGGCCGAAUAGCGAACCGGAUGUGAAUGAAGUCAAGGCAUUGCCUCAGGCCAGAGCCUCCACGCUCUCCCAGCUCUCGGACAGCGGGCAGACCCUGAGUGAAGACAGCGGUGUCGAUCUGGGAGAAGCGGAACUCAGCACCAGCAGAGAGAGGAGCCAGCGGCUCCGGGGACUGCCGACGCGAAGCCCGCAGGAAGUCCCCAGAGUGGGUGGAGCAGUGGAGACAGGAGCCAAACCGCCAGGACUCCUGGAGCCAACGUCGCAUCUCAUCCGGGUGCCUAAGAGUGCUCCGACCUUGGGCAUAGCCAUUCAAGGGGGUGCAAACACUCGACAGCCCCUGCCUAGGAUUGUCACCAUCCAGAAAGGCGGUUCGGCUCACAACUGCGGCCAGCUGAAGGUGGGUCAAGUCAUCCUGGAAGUCAACGGCACGGCCCUCCGCGGGAAGGAGCACCGCGAAGCCGCCCGCAUCAUCGCUGAGGCUUUCAAGGCAAAAGAGAAGGAUUACAUUGAUUUCCUUGUCACAGAAUUCAACGUUGCACUUUAGGGAGGGGGGGAAGAAGGGCCGUCUGGAAGAGCCCGAAGCCAAACGCCCAAGAGACGGCAGGAAAGAACAGGGUGACAAGGUGUCUGAGGCAUCCAGUCGCGUACACACCUGUACACUCAGGUAGAGCCCAGACAGGAUUCCCCACCGAGCAGACGUAGGAUUGGAUUGACCGCUCCUCAAUAUAAUUUCUCUCGGCUAAGUGCCCCCCACUUCUAACGGCUCCCCAAUCUUGAUAGACCUUGAACAUGGGAGAGAAGCCCAUCAUCCUUCUUCCCAGCGAUCAAUCUUAACACCAUUUAGCUCACCCGUCUCUUCAUUUUUGCCUCUGUGUUUGAAUAACCUGGCAAGACACCUGUAUGAAACACCUGCUUUCUCUCGUAGCUCUGCGUACCAUCUCCCCCUUGUAUCUUACGGGAACAUUUUGCUAUCAUGCCAGGUCCCAGAGAUUUUGGGCAUGAGAAGAUGGGGACACCAAGUAGGACCAUCUGGGGACACCGAUUCUGACGGUUUCAGGAUUUCAUCUUUGUGACGGACGCCUCUUGAAGUGACAUUUCCCCAGAUCCCGCCUUGUCAUCGGUCCCUAGCCAAUAACGGGGCAACCCUUCACGAUUUCACUCUGUGUACAUAAAAGAGAGACUCUGGUUUAAUUUUUCAAUAAACGUGUUAGAAAAAAAA